CAUCCAUAUCGUGACGAUGGUUGACAACUGAGUUCCUAAAAUGUAAUUUAGUGGAUAGUUUGUGUUUUAAUAUAACUGUCAUCCCCCAAAAAUGGCCAGCGACGACGCUAUUAGAGCCACAAAUGAUGAUGCAACUCAGUGCAAGCGAUUUGCAGUCCAGAAAGGCUACUGGUCGGAUCCUUAUAUUCAGCACUUUGUUUCUCGAGGACAAAACACACACGCGCCAGAGAUCAACAGGGGGUAUUAUGCAAGAGUUGCCAGCAUUAGAAUUUUAAUGGAAAAGUUUUUAAAGCUAACAAAGUGCCAGUGUCAGGUGGUGAACUUGGGUGCUGGAUUUGACACCACCUUUUGGAGACUCAAAGAACAAGGGAUGAUUCCACAGAGCUUUAUAGAGAUGGACUUCCCCACAGUAGUCAUGAGGAAAGGCCAUGCCAUCAAACAAAAGAAACCUCUGCUGGCAGGGAUUUCUACGGAAGAUGGUGAAAUAAAGUUCCACAACUACGAUUUGCACAGUGCUAAUUAUCAUCUUGUGGGAGCAAAUUUGCGGACACUGGGAGAAGUGGAGGCGAAGCUGACAGAAUGUGGCAUAGAUUAUACUUUACCCACCAUAUUCAUAGCAGAAUGUGUACUUGUGUACCUGGAAAUUGAGCAGUCAAAGGCAUUGCUCAAGUGGUUAGCUGAAAAGUUUCAGACAGCCUUCUUCAUCAACUAUGAACAGGUCAACUUAGGUGAUCGUUUUGGUGAAGUAAUGCUGGCAAACCUCAAAUCAAGGGAGUGCACUCUAGCUGGUGUAGACGCCUGUCUCAGCUUGGAUGCUCAAAAAGACAGGUUUUUGACGACAGGUUGGCAGGGAGCAGAUGGUAUGGAGAUGACCUACGUUUACAAAUGUUUGCCUCAUGCUGAAAUAACAAGGAUUGAGCAUUUGGAGUUUUUAGAUGAGCGAGAGCUUCUGGACCAGCUGUUUAACCAUUACUGUGUGGUGUGGGCUUACAAGGACAGUGCAGGUAUAGGACUUGACAAAAUUAACUUUGGACCAUCCUGAUGGACUUCAGAGCAACAGGAAUGACUUUCUACUGCAUUACGUCCAUUGGUUACCAAAGCAACACGUCUUCUACAAGGUGUUCUGUCAUUGGUUAUGUUCUUUUGUUAAUAUUACUUUUGAUGCUGUUAAUUGGAUAAUCAGUGUGUUUCUGUUAAGCUGUAUUAGACCUGCUCUCAUUGGUUUGGCAGUAUGUCACAUGAUUUUGUUCUUAAUGCGUAUUGGACAGUCUGUGGUGAGAUGUUAAUCAGCAUAAAAGGUUACUUAAAGCUUCACAGGUGACCAUGAACCUGCUGUUUUGAUUUGGUGCAAACAUUGGUCAGAUGUUUUAUUUUUGGUCAGUUUCUUAAACUGUUCCUAUGUGCUAUUUUAUAUUGUGAUGUGUGAUUGGUAUGACUUUGUACGGGAUGGCCCUCCUUGGUUCAUUUGGUUAAAGUGUUGUUUUUGCCAGAGCUGGUUUGUUCUAGAACAUUGAGAUCCUAGACUUGAGUUGUCCUUGGAUACGCUUGUGCGUUCAUUUCUGACGUUUUGUCGGGUAAAAGGGGAAUACCCCUGGCACUCCACUUUCCUCCUGUCAUCAACGAAAAGUUUUUGAUAACAGCAUUGCCCACCAACCUCAUCAAGAAAUGAACAUAAUGAUAAUGUAAAGUUUUGUGCACCUUCUGAAAAUUUGUAUCCAAGAAACAAAAAGUAGUUUUCUAUCUCGUAAUUCUAAGGUCUGACAGGUAAAGACAUCAUCAACUCGACAUAUUUUACUCUAAUUCUUCACACUUUUCGCAUGUUUGUAAGGUGUCUAUUCAAGCGUAUUCUGAAGGCAUUAAUCUGUGUAGACUGAUAAAAUUACACUUUUGUUGAAGCCCUGAAACUGGCCAAUCCAACCAAUGGUGUUUUGUCUCUGCAAUCUGAUGACACAUGUGUAUAUGUUACAUUGUAAAUUGCUCUUUCAUAUGCGACAAAGAUAUAAUUACACUUUUGAGGAUAGUAACAUGAUCAGUAGGUUAUUUAGGUCAGUUGAUUUAUUUAUUUACUUGAUUGGUGUUUUACGCCAUACUCAAGAAUAUUUCAC